AUGCCAGUAAAAGUCAUCUCAGUCCUGAAAGCAUGCCGCGGCAGCUACGUGAAUGUCGUCGGCGGCGGACUGACAAGAUUAAUGGCUUCUCCUCCUCCGGAGCUACAACUGCUAAAAUCACCACCCCCCUCACCCUCAACAACAACAGUCCAGUACAGUAAGAACGAGAACGCCUGCCAGGAUUUGUUUUUCAACGUCCACCAACGCAAAACCCUAGCCGAAGGAGAAGCCAACCGCAUGUAUCUGAAGCAGCUCCUCCCGGCUGCCUGGUCCCACAAUCCCUUAAUCACCCUCAAACUCAUCUGCAACCUCCUAGACAGGCGUCGUCGCGGAGAUGCCGAAGGCUUCUACACGGCUGCGUUUUGGCUCCACCACAACCAUCCCAAGACCCUCGUCGCCAACCUCCUGCCUAUUGCAGGCUGGUUCGGGUAUUUCGGGGGUAUGCGUGACCUUGUGGAGAUUCUCUACAGGAUUCUUGCAGGCCAAGACGUGAGGAGGGCCAGCAGGUACAACAUCAACACAAGCGAGGGUGAUUGGAAUUUCGAAGAGAUGAUGUUCUCCAUGGCUGACAAGGUGGCUGUCCAGAGGUACGAGACUGACCCAGAUUAUCGCUUCUUACACGACCGCGUUUCGGAUCUUUUCGCCCACUGCCUCAACCGCGAUAUUCAACUUUUGAAGAAUACUUUUAAUGUUGAUGAUCAUGAUCAUGAGUCUUCUUCUUCUAAGUGCUUGGAGAUCACUAUGGCGGCUCAGUGGCUCGACGAUCGAGCUACUUUGCUGUGCGAGAGCGUUGCGAGGAGGGUUUUCCAGCAUCCAAACCCACAAAGAGAUGUUAAGGAGGAGGCCGGUUACGCCUACAGACUUCGAGAGCGGCUGAGGAAGGAGGUUGUGGAGCCCUUGAGGAAGGCCUCUGACAGUCUAAUAAUUACACUUAUAGAUCCCAAGUCCAACAGGUGGGGUUAUUAUCGCCCGGAGUGUUCGGAAGAGGCCUGCAUGGCUCAAGUAUAUUUGGAGGACCUGAGAGCUUCAGCGUACAAGAUUGAGAACCCUGCGGCUCUGCUUCCACAUCAGAUCAUACGCUUUGCGAACGAUGAGGAUCUCGGGCAAGCGGCUGAGCUUCAAUGGAACGCAAUGUUGGGGGACAUGAUCAAGGGCAAUGUCAGUAAGAGGAAGAAGAAGAAGAAUUUGAACAACAGCUUGGCUGUUUGUGAUGUCUCCCCCUCAAGAAUGAGUGAUGAGCUCGGGGAUAUAUCCGUGGGCUUGGGACUGUUAGUAUCUGAACUGAGUGAAGAGCCGGCAUGGAAAGGAAAGGUGAUCAACUUCAGCCGAAACCCUAGUCUGCAUGACAUACCACAAGGCGAUGGCCUCAAGGCCAAGUGCGAGUUUGUGAGGAGGAUGGACUGCCGGGACCUGGAGGGGGAGGUUGAUUUUCAAAAGGUGUUUGAUUUGGUUCUGCAAGUUGCUGUGCAUGGGAAUUUGAAGCCGGAACAGAUGAUCAACAAGGUGUUUGUGAUCACCACCGGCGACAACUUGGCAUAUCCAGGGGAGAGUGAUUAUGAGGCAAUACAGAGCAAGUUCAAGGAAAAAGGGUACGGGGAUGUGGUGCCACGCGUAGAGUUUUUGGAUGUGUACUACUUACACUACUACUUCGAUGAGUUGGUCAAGUGGUUCUUGGACACUGAUGGGGAAAUCGAAGAAAGGAGUCCCGAACAGAUCAUGGAAGCAGUCAUCUAUGGCCUACCCUUUCAAUCUCUGGUUGUAGUGGACUGA